AGGAUGCGACUGUCGACGAUCUUCGAGCUGUUGCUGAUCCUCUUGCUGGUAGCCUUCGCGGCUUACGGUCGAGUAAUUGAUCGCGAUGAGGUGAUACAUCAGCGGGUGGUACGCGCCACGAACAACGCGAAGCAGGGCGACAUGGAGUUGUCGACGAUGUCGCUGAAACAGGCGGCCGACAGCGUGAACCGAUAUUGCACCUGCAACGAGAACAUCUGCAACUGCUGCAGGGACUUUCAUAUACCGCUCGUACAGCUGAAAGGACCGGGUUGCGCCUCGUUGCAGUACCUGCAAGGUGACAAUUUGGCAGUCCAGCUGAGCUUCGGCGAAAACAUAUUGACCAGCACGAUCGUUAACGGAAAGAGUCCGAGGCCUGUAUGCGUCCCGCUACCGGGUGGCUUCACCAAAUUUUGCGGCAGGAUUUAUUCCAUUCAACGUGACGCGAAGAAUCACUUCAAGGCUUGCCUCGGUUUGGAACUGCAGUCGGCUACAGAGCUGGAAGCCAGUCUUCGCGUUAGUUGUUUUAGAUUCGGCCCAGACGGCCUGAAGCUUCGUCCCGCCGAGCCGCUUCCGGUCGUCGAGGCGGAAGCCUCGGAGGAAGACGACGACGACGAUUUCUUCGGUCUUGGUUCGGAUGAUGAUGACGAUGAUGAUGAUGAGGACGAUGAGAGACCUUCUUUGAAUACUGUGUCGGAUGCUUCAGGAUCGAAUGACCCACAAGAGUCGGAUGACGACGACGACGACGAAGAGGAUGAUCUUCUGGGUUUCAGCGCUCUGCUGGACAUCUUCACCGGCGGAGAAGACUCCACCACCAAGAAACCAAAAGUCACCACUGUGGCGCCCUUGCUGGAAUUCACUAUACCGAUUCUAACGAGACCGACGACUCCAGUACCGCUGGAGGAACACGAUUUGUCCACUGUGGCAAAUAACGUGCCGAUUGAAGAGAGCAAUGAAGACGAACACGAAAACACACAGGAACCCGUCAAGGACAGCGAGGAGGAAGACACGGGACUGACCGAGAGCAACACCGAGGACACCGAGAAUACCGAUGAGAACCAGGACGAAGUCACGGAAGCGUCCAAUAAGAUCGUGUACAUCACGAAGCCCGAUAAAGGCACCACCAACAAGGUGAAGAAGGGAGUCACCAAUCAGAAAAAGAAACCCAGCGUGACGUCGACUAGCGUGAAUGCUAUCGAGAAUGUUGAGAAACCGGUGAAGAGGCCAAUCAAGGACGAGGAAGACGACGAUGAUAUCCUGGAAGACGACGAGGACGACAUUGACGAGGAGGAGGAGGAAGACGAUGAGCCUCUUGAUGAUGACGAUGAUAAGUAUGACGAAGACGAAGAAGACGAGGAUGAGUUGGAUGAUGAGAAGAACGAGGAGCACGACGAUGAUGAGGAUUUGAAGGCUGAGGAUCUCGAUGAUCUGGACGAUGAUGACGAUGAGGAGGAGGACACCAUGCUGAGUGCUCUUAUAGGUACCGGAAAGAGUAAGAAGGACAAAGGAAACUCGACGACUUCGAGUCCGGCUGACUCUGAUGAAGAUGACUCUGAUGAGGAUUACGAUGAUCUCGGCCUGGACUUUCUGGCUAGGAAGAGGCAUCCUAGCGGAACUCGACAGAGCAAGGUCACGAGGCUGUAAAGUGGAAAACGAAGCACAGAACGUUUCCAGUCAGUAGGAUAAUGUUCGUGAUGGUCGUGGUAGGAUGGUCGUGAAAUUGCUUGUUCGACAAAGCUUCGAAGAUUGUCGGACCAGCGAAGAUUCGAUGGAUUCGGUAGAUUUGGUGUAAUUGCAAUAGUGCGGCGCUUAUUUUUUAACGAUAAAAUUGUUAUUGUUACUUGACGGCGGAAUCCAUGGAAUUUUAUUUAUUUUAUGAUCAUAUAAUAUAAAUAAUAUCGUUAUUGCGUGAGGAAUAUUAAUUUUAAUUUCAAAAAAUAUGCGGUUUACUUCACUAUCACAAUUACACCUUUAAUGAUUAAUUUUAUAUAUUGAUUAAAUAUUAUGGAGACUGACACGGGAUUUUAUAGCGAAGAUGGAAGAACUUCUUUGAGAGAAAGCUCAAAUAGAAUAUUACGUGAAGAAAAGAUUUUAAUGUAAAAUUAAGAUUCUUUGGAGGUUCUUAUGUAAGGCAAGCAUUUUUGAGAAAGGUUGUCGUUUGUGCGAAAGGACUUAUACAUAUGCAUAAGUUAUUCUUGACCUCAGCCAUAAUAAAUUGCUCGAUUAGUUUAACGUAAUUUAUUAAGAGCAACUAUAGAUAUUUAUGAGAUGUAUGUACCUAUUUAAUUUAUUUAUUGACACUGUAAUUAAACGAAUUAAAUAAAUAUAAUUUAUGCUAUACGAUA